CACUCACUAUGCGUUCCUGGUGUAGCUAUUGUUUGAAGCCAUGGCAGAUGGAGAUGUUUCGGUUGAUCAGAGGAAGGCUUUCUUGACAGCUGCUGAGCUGGGCCUUCAAGAUGUUGUUCGCAAAGAGCUCCAGGGCCGAAACCGCAGACUCCUCAUUUCGUUCGAGGAUAAUCUAGGCAGAGGUGCUGUUCACUUAGCGGCAAAAGGCGGCCAACAGGAGGUGAUCGGUUUGCUCCAUGACCAUGGGGUGUUGUUGGAGGCUUUGGAUCGUAACGGGCGGACACCUUUGCACUUAGCUUGUGAGCAUGGGCGCCUUGAGGCUGCAGCGAUUCUAUUGGAGCGUGGAUGUCAAGCUGAUGUGCAGGAUGCAUGUGGCCGCACUUGCUUGCACUUGGCAGUUUGCAGCCAGGAGCCGCGCCUUUGUCACUUGCUUCUCUCCAGCUGCCAAAGUUUGGUGCGGAGGUGCGACGGCAAGGGAAGAUCGCCCUUGUCCUAUGCUGUUAUGAAUUCAACUUCAUCCGUGGCGGAAGAGUGCGUCCAGCUGCUGCUACGAAGCCUUGCUGAACCAGACCUGUGCGAUGAAUUCGGCCUUUCACCACUUCACUACGCUGCAAAACAAGCUUCCCAAGGAGUCGUGCAGUUACUCCAUGAGAAGGUUGCUGAUCUCUUUCUGGAAGCAUCUGGAAGGACAGCUUUGGACCCAAAGCGGGACAUCACGAGAGACUUGCCAGACCAGAAAUCGCGACAAGUUGCGCAUGCACAAUAUCGGGGUGGAGACUGGCAUGAUCAGGCAAUGUUUGUCCAAGAUGGUCUUGAGGCAAUGCAAUCUAGAUUCUAUCACAUCAUGAAGGACGUGCAGGCAGCUGGCAUUCACCACGGGCAACAUAAAAGCAGGCCUUUCCUGUUUGAUGGCUCAUGGAUGAAGGAUGUGCACUCGCAUCAGCAGUUGCUCGGCGGUGAACUUGCUUCUGUUCCAGGGCCGGAGGCCUGCAUCCGCGUUUUCAACUUGCUGUAUCCGCCAUCAGACAUCCCCAAGGCAAGUUUGGACGAUUUGGAUAUUGUGGCCUACUACAAUGCCAGCUGGGAUCGACAGGACCCAGGGCUUGCACCGCUUCACCAGAAGGACUUGAAAGACUCCAAGCACACCGAAGUGUUUGCUGAACAACGAGAAGCUCUGAAGUUGGCCGAAAUGGAGUUGGAGGAAGGGCGGCUUCGAGAGAUGAGGCUUAAUGCAGAGUUGCAGGCCUCUUUGCAAGACAUGUGUGGUGCAGAGAAAGAAGCACGUGGUGAAGGGGCGCACAGCCUUGGAUGGCGGGUGCUUCGUGCUGGCCGACAGUUGGCCCAAAGGACAGAAGAGCUUCGCUCGGCACAGGUGUUUUGUGAGAGGCUCCACUGCGAAGCAAGCAACUUCGAAAAAGAGUUGAAGGAAGCCAGACAGCACUCCACAGAAUGCCAGGUGGCAGAAAUGGAAGCACAGAAGAGGUUGGAGAAGGAGCUGCAUCGUCAGGGUGAAGAGAAAUCUUGGAAGCUCAUUGCCGAGGAGGAUAGACAUAGAGUGGAAGUGCUGGGAGAGUUGCUUGAGCAUCGCCUCGAGGAGGCAGAAGUCGCAGCCGCUAGGGCGAGAAGGAGUUGCAUCCUCGAUUCCACAUCGACGUGCAAACCGAGACCAGACGACGCUAUCAGGUAGGCAGGUUUAGAAAGGCCACAAACAAGACAAACAAGGGGUGAAAGAGAAAGAGAUAAAUGAAAAGAAGAACCCACCGGAGCAAAGAAACAAGCCUUGCUUUUUUAGAGCAAAGGGUUUGGUUUUGGGUAUAUGAGUCAUGAGGUGAAAGCAUUGCGAAGGAUGCAUGUCAAAAGCGAUUCUCAGAAGAGGCACUGGAGCUAGACAGGCUUCGGCGAGACCUGGUUUCAGAAGAGACGGAGGCUGCCAAGUGGGAAAGCCUUUGCAACGAGGUUUGGAGACAGGCCGGACAAGAACUGGAGGAAAGAGCUGAAUCACACCGAGCUGAAGCGUUAUCGGCUCGAUACUGCCAAGAGAGGGAGCAGAAGUUGACUCAGCAGCUUCGUAAAGGAGAGGAUCAUCGCUUGGAGUUAGAGGAGGAGGUUGCCAAAUUGAAGGCUGAAGCCAGGACACGCGAUGCUCAAUGGCAAGAGAUGUUCAGGCUUUACCCUACGGUUGGACACGCAUUCUUUGGGAAUGCGAGGGGGGACAUCCAAC